GCUCACACAUUGCGUCAUUCGCAAGUCUGACCAAUGGGCGUGCGCGUUUCUGGCAAGGGCGUAUCAGCAGACGCCGUCACAUUAGCCUAAAUGAAAACAUAUCACCUCCAGCUACGACGCUGCUAACAUCUCCCCGCAAGAAUCCCCUGACAGCGCCAUACCCGCUGAAAUUAACCUGGACAACUGCAUGACCGGGGAUGUCUGCAGCCGACUGGUACGCCCACAAGUCGCUCGGAGACGGACUCUUCUGGAUCCAGGAGCGAUUCUACCAGUCGGAGAACCGGGCCAACAUCUGGCUUCUCCGCGGCACCCACCAGGACGUGGUCAUAGACACGGGGCUGGGCUUGAGGAGCUUACCUGACUACAUCGACGCCAACGGGCUGCUCGGCAAAGACCCGCAGAGGAAGAACCCGCUGCUGGCGGUCGCCACGCACGCCCACUUCGACCACUCGGGCGGUCUGCAUCAGUUCCAACAGGUGGGCGUCCACAGCGCGGAGGUGGAUGCCCUGGCCAACGGGGACAACUUCGAGACGGUCACCUGGCUCAGCGACAGGGAGAUAGCCGUGGCUCCCAGUCCGGGAUGGAGGGCGAGACACUACAAAGUGAAGCCUGUGCAGCCCACGCACAUCCUGCAGGAGGGCGACGUCAUUAACCUUGGUGACAGACAGCUGACGGUGCUCCACAUGCCGGGUCACUCUCGGGGCAGCAUCUGCCUCCACGACUGCGACAAUAAGCUGCUGUUCAGCGGGGACGUGGUGUACGACGGCGCCAUGAUCGACUGGCUGCCCUACAGCCAGGUCAGCGAUUACAUCAGCAGCUGCGAGCGCCUCAUCGGGCUGGUGGACAGCGAGCAGGUCGACCAAGUCCUCCCCGGACACUACAACACUUUUGGCGCCAAACGGCUUCAUAGGAUCGCGUCGACGUACAUCAGCAGAGCCGGAACGUGCCCCGCAAAGUUCUCCACGCUGGCCUGGAGAACUCUGGCCGGGUUGGCCCUGCGGGCGUCCAACCCUCGCUGCGCCUGCUGAAGCGGGUGGAUCGCGUAAAAGCUGGGAGAAGCACAAGCGCACACAGAAAGAUGCUUCAAUAUGGAGGACCUAAUGCGAUUUAAAAAAAAAAAAAAAUGUAAUUCAACAGAACUCAUUUAAUUGCCAAACUCAAUAUAAAAGGUGUCACUUGAGCCAAGUCGGCUUUGUAUGAAGUAUACAAUAUAAAGUAUUCCAAGUGUUAUUCUUUAAUGUAUUGAUCAAUAUGUGAAUGUUGGUGUUGGUAUAUGAUUUAGAUGUUUUUUUUUAUUUAUUUAUAUUUUAUGCGGAUGUGAAACUAUUAUUAUAGCACAACGAUGGUACAACUGUGCAAUACAAACAAAACAGGGAGCUUUGGGUUCUUCUCUGCGGCAUUUCAGUCAGCAUGGCCAUAGCUUUUCUCUAUGCAGUCCGAAGCGAAGACCCGCCAGUGACUACCUCCUACGUUUGUAAUUGUGCUUUGUACUGUUGAUUAUUAAUCUAAGGCUUUGCUAUGAAAUCACUGACAAUAAAGUCUUUAAGUCCGA